AGUCGAUGUCGAGUCGCUGAAUGGAAAAUGGACAUGUUGCACAAAUGUGAAUUUUUUAUCAACCCAUCACACUAAGAAGUGCAUUUUCCAGCCUUUUUCUCUCCCCUCCGAAUAUGGUGGUGAUUCUGUGAUUGUUUUAGCUGGAAAAUUGUUUUGUUUGGUGGGAAAGGACCAUUCACUCCCAAAAGGGGAGUUGUUCAGUGCCGGAAAAAUUUACAAUAUAUUAUUGAGUCCUGGAAAAGAGGUGUGUGUGUGAUGUACAACAGGAUUUUCCAGUGAGGCAAAAAGAGAUGUGAAUAGUUGCAUUGGAAAAUUACAACGAAAUAGUGAUUGGAUAGUGAAUAUUUGAUGUUCAAAGUGUAUGACAACUUUGACGGAUUAUCCCUGAAAGAAUUUGGUAGAUGUGCUAAUUAUCCUUUUAGUGUUGCUCUCGUCAUUGUAGAGAGGUCAGAGCACACCCUUUUCCCGCUGAUACAGUGAAGGUGUUAGAAAUCGAAUAUUAUAAUGAGGUGAGACUAGAGAAAUAGUGAAAAAAAAGAAUAUCUUAAAAUUAAGGAAAAAAAAUAUCAGAGUGAAAAGAUGGUGCUUCAGUGUAAUAAAAUUGCCUAAAAUAGUCUAGUGAUAUUUGCAAAGUAUUUUAUUUGCCUUUGCCGUAAACGCCUUUUUCAAUACAAGUUCUAAACGCAAUUGCGUCCUCAAGGAUCCACCAAGCGGAUAUAAGUGUGGAUUUCAGUGGUUUUCUCUAGAGGAUAGUUCAGCCGAUUCCCAUUGUGACUCCUCGUCCAAUAUGCCAGUAAGACGAGGCCAUGUUGCGCCCAAGACCACCCUCAUUGAGACCAUCAUCCGGAAAUUUGAUACACACAAUCGGAGUUUUCUCGUUGCAAAUGCCCUUCCGGACUCCCAUCACAUUAUCUUCUGUUCUGAUGGCUUCUGCAAGAUGACUGGAUACACCCGGGCCGAGGUGAUGCAGCGAUCGGCCAGCACUGAAUUUCUCCAUGGACCAAUGACAUCGCAAUUGGCUGUGAAUCUGGUGAGGGAGGCCCUCCAUAAGGGUUACGAGAAGCACUUUGAGAUACUCUACUACCGAAAAAAUGGAACCAAAUUUCUCUGCUCCGAAGUAAUUGCACCAAUCCGUUCCGAGGCUGACGAUAUUUCCCUCUACAUUAUUAAUUUCGAAGACUUAACAUUGCCACAGCAGAAUGAAUCUCUCGAAACACGCUUUAGCAAAUUCGACCGAGCACGUGCCAGCUUCAGGCAAUCUCUCAAGUUCGGCAGCAUGGGUCUCCGCGAUCGAGGCCUCAGACUCGCCGGCUACCUUACUCCUCCCUCCGAUGUUACCCAGGAAGAGGAGGAGAUUCACGAAAAUGCUUCACAGCCGGAUCAGCUGGCAAAAGGGGAUAGCACUUCGGUGUGGAGCCCCAUGUCGACUCCAACGCUAAUUAGGACAAAUGAAUUGGUGGCUGACAAGAAGGGCAGUGAGUCCGUGGUGCUGGAGGAACUCAAAGUCGACAGUCCCAUGAAGGUGUGUCAUCAGGCGAGCACGAGUAGCGUGAAAGUGCCGUGCCAGGGCCCCCGAAGAGCCACUUAUCAGAUUGAAUCGAUAUCAUUCCAGAGAGUGACACCUGACUCGCGAAAUAAGAACGAGGUGGGACAGACAAAGAGCUGGGACUUUGAGACACAUCAGGCCAAGUGCACCACAGGACACUCAUCGAGGCAAUAUUUUCCCUAUGUGUCGUCUGAGAGUGAUUUGCAGCGAUAUAAAGCAAUCUCCUUUCGGCACAGCUCAUGCCAUGAACCACGUUCAAGUUCCUCCCUGUCCAACGUGCCUUCCGAUGUGAAAUCAGACAGAAUUAAGGACAAUGGAUCAGCCAACUAUUUCCAAGGAACUCGUCAUACAUCGCCAAAUAUGGGCGAAAAAGUGGCUCAGGUAUUAUCUCUGGGCGCUGAUGUUCUGCCCGAGUACAAGUUGCAGAGUCCACGGAUCCAUAAGUGGACCAUCCUGCACUACUCCCCCUUCAAGGCGGUAUGGGACUGGAUCAUCUUGAUCCUUGUUGUAUAUACAGCCAUUUUUACACCCUACGUUGCAGCAUUUUUACUCAGUGAGCCUGACUUCAAUCAGAGGCGCAAUCGUAAAUAUGCUGACGACCCCAUUGUGAUAAUUGAUUUAAUAGUGGAUGUUACAUUUGUGAUAGAUAUUUUAAUAAAUUUUCGCACAACAUUUGUUAAUGGUCAGGACGAGGUUGUUUCUCAUCCUGGUCGAAUAGCGGUGCACUACUUAAGUGGGUGGUUUCUCAUCGAUUUAGUAGCGGCAAUACCAUUUGACCUCCUCCUAGUCGGAAGUGAUACCGAUGAGCUGGGCUUGGAUAAAGACGAGACCACAACCCUCAUAGGGCUCCUGAAGACUGCCCGACUGUUGCGCCUUGUGAGAGUGGCCAGGAAAAUCGACAGGUACUCCGAGUAUGGAGCUGCAGUUCUUGUCCUGCUUAUGGCCACAUUUGCUCUCAUUGCUCACUGGCUGGCGUGCAUUUGGUAUGCAAUUGGCAAUGCAGAAAGACCAAUCCUAAAGGCGAAAAUUGGUUGGUUGGAUUCGUUAGCAAGUGAUAGUCAGGAGUACUACUUUCCAAAUGGAACUGGAGGACCCUCAAUUAAGUCACGAUACGUAACGGCUCUCUACUUCACUUUUACAUCAUUAACUUCUGUUGGAUUUGGAAAUGUAGCACCCAACACGGAUGCUGAGAAAAUCUUUACCAUUUGUGUUAUGCUCGUGGGAUCUCUCAUGUAUGCAAGUAUCUUCGGAAAUGUAUCAGCUAUCAUUCAGCGAUUGUACUCAGGUACAGCACGGUAUCACACUCAAAUGCUUCGUGUUCGGGAAUUCAUUCGAUUCCAUCAGAUACCAAAUCCGCUGAGACAGCGACUUCAGGAGUACUUUCAGCAUGCAUGGACUUAUACGAAUGGCAUUGAUAUGAAUUCCGUUCUCAAAGGCUUUCCCGAGUGUCUUCAGGCAGAUAUUUGUCUCCAUCUCAAUCGCAACCUCCUCACAAAUUGCUCUGCCUUCGAGGGUGCCAGUCCCGGAUGCUUAAGAGCACUCUCGCUCAAAUUCAAGACAACCCACGCACCUCCGGGAGAUACUCUUGUGCACAAGGGCGAUGUUCUAACGUCUCUCUACUUUAUAGCUAGAGGAUCCAUCGAAAUACUCAAGGAUGAUGUUGUGAUGGCAAUUUUGAGCAAGGAUGACAUUUUUGGAGAGAAUCCCUGCAUUCAUCCCACUCUGGGGAAGUCCAAUAGCAAUGUUAGGGCUCUCACGUACUGUGACCUUCAUAAAAUACAUCGCGAAGAUCUUCUGGACGUCCUAGACCUCUAUCCAGAAUUCUACGAAAGUUUUGUCAACAAUCUCGAAAUCACCUACAACAUGAGAGAUGAUGAACAGAGCGGUGUAGAGUUAAGACAUAGGUAUAUGCGAACGUCCAGCCACGAUAGAGAGCGAAAUAGUGAAACUAGAUCAUAUAGGCUAAGUAACCUUCAUACUCGACCACAAAGUAGAUGUGAUUUAGGGAACGAUAGAGUGUCGGUCAGUCAGAUGAGUGAUAACGAUAUGGACUUCACAGCCGACGAUCGUCGUCAGCAGUACAGCAUAUCAGGGAUGAUUACACACAUUAAGAGAAGUAUUCCCGAUCUGAGAUCCAUUAAGCAUCAACCGUUAGAAAAUAUUGAGAGUCCUCGACACACGACCAGUCACAAACACAGCCCAACGGUGCAAUCUCUCAAAACCGCGGCCACCGUUGCAACCGCCGCGGCGUCACCAUCCGCCGAUGCUGUGACUCUGAGUGCCGUAACCACGAGGAUGUGCACGUGUGGUGCCAAGGAGAGUGAAAAGGGCGACACUAAUAUGUCUCAAGAGACAGUGAAGCCCCAAACAUCCAUGAAUGAUGUCACGAGCCUCGCGAAUCAGCUCAAUGAGAUUACACAGCGAAUAGAUGGGCUGGAAGUGACUCUUAGGAAGGACAUUCGCACCAUCCUUGACAUUCUGCACCAACAACAGCAGAUUCAAAUGCAGAUUCAGCUGCAGCAACAACAAGCGGCCGCUAAACAGGCCAUGACCACAUCUUAUCAGCCGUCCGAAAGCGAUUUCUCCUUUGACAUGUGUACAGCGGCCGACAAGGCGCCCGGACCUGCCCAGUCGCCUAGGAGCAAUGUCCAGAGAUCUGUAUCGCAACCGGAAUGUACCAAUGAGAAGAGUCUCUUCAAGUGCUCGAAGUUCUCCUCGUUCAACCAAACAAUGGAGGAUGCAGAUAACUGGACAGUUUUUGCUCCAAUCGCCAAGCUCGAGUCUCUGGAUGAAAUUGAUCAAGAUAGCAAACAUUCCAAUCAAGAUAAAUCACAAUAGUAGAUACUAAGGACACUUUUGUCAACUUUCUUAAGCCUCUAUAGAAAUCUUUGCACAUUUAUUCAAGAGAUUCAGCCGAGACGUUAUUUUUUCGCAAUCGCUUUGUGAGAUUUUCAAAAACGUUGUUGGAAGGAUCGUCUGAAGAGUUUUUCCUUUAAAAUAUCCUUUGGAUUUUCCAUCACACUGCCUUGAGAGAAAGGAAAAAUUCAUGCGAGAAAAUCUCAAAUGGUGUCUUUUGUCGAUAGUUCAGCUAACUUAUAAUGGAGUCUAGUAAGGUCAACGUAAAAUACGCUCAAUUUAGCCAUUGUGUGGAGAUUAAUUAAAAGAAAAAAAAUUAAGUACCUUAAGAAGCAAAGAAAAAGACAAUUGAAAAUCAUUAUUUUAAAUUGUUAAUCAUUUUUGCUGAAGACAUUGUGUAAUUAUUGAGGGUAAAGGGGAAAUGUAAAGUGUGAAUACUCGCAAUCAUAGAAAGUCCUUAAUUUAAUUGAAAAAUUGAAUUAAAAAAGAAGUCUUACUCAGCAAAUGUAUAGAAGAUCUCAAGAUACUUUAGUACGUAGUGCAAUGAGAUAAGAACAGAAAGUCUGUGAGAUAGUUUUAUUAAAGAAAAUCUUAAUAAAAAUGUCCUGUUUUUUCCCCAUUUCAAUUGAGACAUCAUUUUACUACGCAAAAAAAAAUAAUAUUUUGCAAAAUUGUUCGUAAAUGUUUGUGAAUUCCUACUGAAGACUUACAAAAUACUCGCAAUGCGUAUAAUCCACUAAAAAGUUUGUAAAUGUUUGUACUUUUUGUACAAACAUUGUUCGUAAGAUGAUCACUUAACGAGCAUUUUUGUUCUUUUGCAAAUAUUUGUUCGUAAAUGGUAAAUGGAGAAAAAAAAUGUUCACAAAAUUUCGUCAUUUGUUCGUAAAGUUUUGUUAGACAAAAUUUCACGAAGAAAUGUUUGUAACAGAUAAAAAAAAAUAUUCGUCAAGUGCUCAAGUUCCAAAAAAUGUUUGUGAAGAAAUACAAACUUUUACAAACUUUGUUUGUGAGUUCUAAAAUUUACAAAACAUCUUGUAAGUCCCCAGUUGAAAUUUACAAACCAUUUACGAACAAUUUUACAAAAUAGUUUUUUCUGUGACCCUGAAUAAAAGUUUUGUAAAAAAGCAAGAAAAGUUUGUCAAAAGGAUGUUCCUUCAUUGACUGUAUCUUUUGAAAAAUUUGUCAAAAGGAUGUUUUUCUAAAGGCCUCUACACAUUGGGAACAAUUUUCAUCAAAAAUUGAAUUUUUGACAGAAUUUUGACGUUUCUGCCUGCAGCAUUGCAGCCAAUUUCCCUCAAAAAAGCAAUUUUUGACGAAAAUUGUUCUCAAUGUGUAGACACCUUAAGAUGUUAGAAAAAGUUUUGUCAAAUUGAUAAACAUCUUUUUGACAAAAUUUUGUCAAAAUACAUUUAUCCCCUUAACAAAACUUUUUCAGGGUAAACUAAUUUUUCCUUCAAAACAGUCCUCAAAGAAAUGUCCUUUUAUCUUGUUAAACGUUUUUGCUUGAUAAUUUCUUAAGAAAAAAAAACAAAAUCUAUUAAACUUAUAGAGAAGUGUUAUUUAACUUGCUUAUUCCUCGGAAGCUUAGUGAGCUUUUGCAUGAUAGAACAAUUCAACGAAAUGCAAGAAACAAUUAAAAAAUAAAAUACGCUAAAGAGCUUUUCGGAAAACUAGGAAGCUCAUUGAUAAGAAUUAGCAAGAAAAUAGCACCCCUGUGUUGAAAUCGGACUGAUAAAUUAGAAUGAUUUGAAAGGAGUUAAAUUCCCUUUAACUUCUUAUCACAUAAGAUUUUUCUUUUUGGGAAUAGACAAAUAUUAAAUGCGAUAUAAGUUGAUAAUUGAGCAUAAAUUCAUUUGAAUUACGUAUAUGAGGCCUUUUAGAGUAUAAUAAUAAAAGAAGGGAGAACUGGAGAAUUUAUAGGAAAAUUCUCAAGAAUAAAAAUGUAGCAUCAUGAAUGAAAAAAAAACAGAUAGGGGAAGGUACCCAUGCUUCGUAUGAUCCCAAGCUUCUUAAUGACAAAAUUGUAGAAACUGGAGCAAAGUGCCCAUAUUGCAAAAGCCACAUUUAUUCAGAAACACAGAAAAAUUUUGUAAUUAUGAAGCUUGGGAUCGUUUGUACGAAGCAUGGGCACUUGCCUCUCAAAUCAUUUUUAGUGAAUUCGUCAACAAGAUGUUCAUAUUGAAAGACAAAA